GCCCUCACUACACACACACACAAACAGGGCAUACACACACAACUAUCAAGAGUGACAUACAGAGUGACUGAAGGAUUAUAAAACAUCCUGGAAUGGGAAUCAGACAGGAGCUGAGGAGCCGUCAGUUUUGGCAGGGGAUUCUGGCAGAGAUUCUGGGUUCCCUGGUCUUUGUGUCUGCCGUGUUGGGUUCUUUAGUGCCGGGUCCGGACGGGGUCUCCCCAGGGCCCAUCUACCCAGCACUGGCUGCUGGUAUGGCAACUGUGGUUCUGGGAUAUUGUUUUGGUGAAAUCAGUGGGGCUCAGGUAAAUCCUGCAAUAACUGUGGCACUUUUGGCGACACGGAAGGUGGAUGUCUUGAGGGCUGUAGUUUAUCUGGUAGCCCAGUGUUUGGGGGGCAUCCUCUCAACUGGGAUACUCUACCUCAUCCUGCCCCUGAAGUCCACUGCACAGAACUACAUCAACAAGGUCCCAGUGGAAAUGAAUGCAGGCCAAGCUCUGGGGAUGGAGAUGCUUGCCACGUUUGUCCUGGGUUUCACUGUAUUCUCUGUGGAAGAUCAACGCAAGAGGGAAAGCAGUGAACCCGGAAACAUGGCCAUUGGGUUUGCCGUAACCACUGCAAUAUUCAUUGCUGGGAGAUUUUCAGGUGCUAGUUUGAACCCAGCUCGGUCUCUUGGUCCUGCCAUAAUACUUGGAUACUGGGAACACCACUGGGUGUACUGGAUUGGGCCAGUUUUGGGUGCAGUUAUGGCUGGAGUAUCUCAUGAGUUUAUCUUUGCACCCAGCGCAUCAAGGCAAAAGUUGGUGGCUUGUUUGACCUGUAAGGACAUUGAGAUAGUGGAGACAGCUAGUGUGUCUCGAUCUUCCCUGUCCACGGUCACACAGAGUGCCAUGAGAAACAAACAAAGCAACAAACUGGAGCACAGCUAAACUCAAGAAAGUGUGGGCAGUAAGCAGUGUUCAGAGAGUUUUCUAGACCAUCACAGCAAGUAGUUUAAGAUUAGGCCUUACAAGCACACUGAACCAAACCUCUCCAUCUGAAAAAUAAUUCCGGUUGGAUUUAUACUGGCAGAGGAUUAGAAAUUCACACUGUGUACUUCUGGCACUGUAGUUCAGCACUAUCCUUGCUCUAGAGCAGAACUGCCAGUGUUUGGGAGUAACUAAAAGUAGCGACACUGCUAACUAAACAACACAUUUUUAGUAGCGUGAUAUAGCUGUUCCUGUAUAUGAAUCUAUUUAAAAUAUAAUGUCAAAAUUGAUUUAAAAGUGCUUUACACACUUGAGCAUCCUGGGUUAAAAAUGACAUUAACCCUGGGUUGAGCGGAGUGUGAAAGCCUAUGAGAGGACAUUCUGAUAAUGUGACAAGGAGUGCAUUAACAUGCACACUGAUUUUGCUUAAUGAGCAAACAAAAACGAUCUGCAAAUGUGUGUGUCGUCUGUAAACACUUUUCCCUCCGUUCUUAUGGACUGACUCAAAGUGCGCAAGGGUUGUGAGCCUGACUAUUUUUGUAUGAUGUCUAACCAGCAAAGACAAUCAAUCAAAAUCAAUAUUUUCAUCUUUUGCUAAAAGUUUCUGACAAUUUUGAUUUCAUAGUAGAAUUUUCUAUUGUUGACCAGAAGCAAUGUACACUUUGAAUUACUCUAGUCUUGAACUACCUUAAGCUGUCUAUGAACUAUGAAUGACGUAUUUGUAUAACCUUCACGGAUAGUUAUAAAAGUGCCAAACCUUUGCCUGUGUGGCUUGAGCUUGCAAUUUCGGUUCAAUAUUUAACCACUUCUUCGGACUAUAAACCAAAAUAACUGCAAAAUUACAUUGUGAAUAUCACAGCUUUAACCUAUCAACAAUAGUUCAAAGUGUUUUAAAGCUUUUGAAGUGUUACAUGUGUGUGUUUUCCAACUGUAAGUGUCAUAUCUCAUAUUAGUUCAUUUAUUUAUGGUGUUGCAAAAACUAUCAUUGUUUUCUUUUUUGUCUCAUGUACAUAUGUCCAUUUGUUUACUUUGUGAUUCGGAGCAAAAUUUCAGUUUUAAGUGCAUGUGUAAAUGGUUCUUAUGCUCUUCCUGCACUUAAGUAACAUCAAAAUGUAAUCUUGUGUAUAGUAUAUCAAAUAAGAAUAUUAUUAUACUAGCACAUGUACAACAACCUAUGCUUUUACAUUUCCUUGCAUGCACUACACAAAAUGUUUUAAACUUUUCUUUGCUCAUCACACAUUUCGUAGACUUGCAAUAUACUCUCUUGAAAAAAAAACCUCUUGAUCCACAUAUGUAAC